AUGCCUGUCUUUCCUUGGUGGGAUGUUUCGGCGCAUCGUUUUUGGAAGCAAAGCAAACUGCUGCAGAAGCAUCUUGCGUUUAGAUAUACCGAUUUCCGAGAGAUCAACCUUGGUCAUUAUACCUCCGGUCCCCGACCUAUGGUGUUGGUUGACAUUAGUUUGCGACGUUCUCUGGCCGGCCAUGCAUUUAGACAGGCUACUGAUGAUCACAGAUAUAUAUACGCUUACGCUGGAGUUUUCCGUCCAACGGGGAAUGAGAGCAUGCAAAGGGUAAAAUUGAAAGGGUCGACGCCUAGAUUGACGAUUUCUGGGGUUUUGUCCAUUUGA